AUGUACUCGCUGCUGCUCUUCACAGUACUUGUUACUUUUCUCCUCCAGCCGGUGACAGCAGCAAGUCCACUCGUGGACUUCAGUAUGUCUGACAAUCCCUGGGACGGGUCCUACUCCGACAUCGACGACAUACUGCUGUGCGAGCUUUGCUGUCUGCCCUUCUACCAAUGCAUUCACGCCAUAUCACAAAUCCAAUAUGUCGCCGCAAGAACGUUCUACAACGACCCCGGUCUCGUCCCCAUGCCACCGCUGGACCUCGAACAGACGCAAUCAGACCUAGCACCGGUCUACGAAUAUCUCAACCCGGGUCAUGGACAGUCGUUGAUCAAUGAGCACAUCCAGAUUAUGGAUGUGAACGAGACGACUGUGCAGCCAGCUACUGUGCAAGCGCACGUCGAAGAUACUUAUACACCUGGUGAUCGCCUAUCUGCACGACGCAACCGGAAGGCAGUACAAAAGCGCCAAGCGCCUCGCCCUGGCGGGUUUCCUUGCGAUAAAGACGGCUGCAGCAGGACUUUCGACCGUCAAUGCGACCUAAACCGCCAUCAAAAGACCCAUUCGACAGAGUCACCUCAUGUAUGCUCGACUUGCAACAUGGGCUUCUUGUACCCGAAGGACCUACGGAGACACUUACCGACACAUAACGACCCUUCAUCGGUCGUUGCCAAGCAUUACUGUCCUUAUCCUGGCUGCGAUAACCUUGAGGGCUUCUCACGUAGGGACAAUCUUCUGAGGCACCAGCGCAAGCAACACUCUAGCAGCUAG